AGCUCAGGUUUGAGUCGGGGGGAGGAGAGAGGAGGGGAAGGGACUGAGGCAAGACUGGAGUUCAGAGCAGACUAUUUAAAUGGGGGAACCUGGCAAAGAGGCAUGUUGCAUCUUGCUGUGGUUCAGUUUCACAGGAGCAGCGACAAGUGCAAUUACACAGGUAAGACCAUUCCAUUAUAUUUUACUGUAUAGAUAGUAUUAUGGGGUUAAAAAUAAAUGAUAAUAAGUAUAGUAAUAUUAACUCUAAAACUUGAAAUGCUAAAUGAAAGCUUUAAUAGGAUUAUCAGUGAAUGAGCAUAUUUCUGUCACGGCAUCUUGAUUGUUUCCUUUUCGUUUUUAGGAUGCACAUCCCUCUGGCCCUUCUCUUUCUCGUGGCGGCUCCUGGUUGCGCAAGUGUUUCCACAAAGAGGGACUCCAUCAGAAAUACCCGACACAACAUAAUAAAUAUCGCUCAAAUCACUCUGGUCCACAUUAAGAAACUGAGGACAAAGUUGCCGGUCGCUCCACAGAUAGAGGUCAGCUGCCCCUCUAUCGAGGGACUGACCAGCAUCAGCCGUGACCUUGGACUUCUGGAUAAUGAGCUGUGGAGCCCUUUCACCGAGCUCCUCAGCCAGAUCCAGGCCGACGUGUCCAGCUUGGAGGGAAGGGUGCGCUCCCUCGCCCUGACCAUGGACUGUCCUGCCACGGCCAGGCCCAAAGGAGAGACCAGGGACACUUCGUUCCCGCACAGUCACCUUUACCUGACUCUGACCAAGGUGCAGCGCUACCUGGACAAGUUGCUUCUCCACAAGGACAAGCUCAAGGUCUGCUGAGAAACCCGCUCACAUCACACUCCUGCCUUGUCUUGCUGUAAUGCAGAUGUGCACAGACUUCUUAUUUGCACAAACAGCUCAGUGUAGUCAGCGACACAAUUUGUCUAAUUUCAUUUGCACAGAAUAUUUUUCAUGCAGCAACAUGGACAUUUGUGAUGAAAACCAUGUGAUUCAUUGUCAAUUUUCAAGCAAUAAUUCUCGUCCUCUAGUUGCAAAAAAGUUUGCAAAACAAGUUUUUGAGGUGCAACGUUUUUAAUGUUUCUGCAACAAAUAUUUUAUACAAGUUUGAAAAAUAUUUGAACUGUAGAUUUGUUUUAUAUCAUCUGUAGACUUAUUUAUAUUAUUUGAAAAUAAACUGAUAUAAGUAGAUGUAAAAACAAAUAUUUCUUCAAGUGUGGAUUAGUUUAAAACUUGAAUGUGGAUGAAGUGGGUUCAUUCUAUUAUGUUCAAAAAUCUUUAAAAACAACGAAAGUUGAUCUAAUUGUUAAUGUUUUAUGUUAGAAGUGUGCUGUUUAUUGUAAUAUGUUUUUACAACAAAAAUGUUUCUGUCCUUUGUUAUAUUAAACUUUGCAAUAAAGAUUUUAGUCAAUAUUUUUUGCCUGUAGAUUUUCUUUUUACAUGUACUGAUUUGAAAAGAAAUCUAAUGUUUAAAAAAAAACCCGAAUCAACCUCCUGCCUGACAAAAAUGUUCACCCCCUCACAAUAAAAAUAGCAAAUUCACAUAACAUUUUAAAAACCAAAUUCACAUGCUUUAUAAAUCUUAAUGUAUUUAAGUGUAAAAUUGAUAAAUGUAUUGUUUUACGUCAGAAAACUCAUACACUGAGAUUCAGUUUAAUUAGCCCAUGUUAAAAGCUAUAUUGAAAAUAUAAUACAAUUUAAAUACUUUCCCACUCUCCCACAAUUAAUUCACAGUUCAACGCUUGACUCGUCUUCCUCAAUUUCAGCUAAUUUAUUUGAG